UUUUUUGCAGAUGGUCCUUUCUUUGUGUACACUAGACAUGAGCCUGUGGGUGUUGUUGGAGCCAUUACCCCAUGGAACUUUCCUCUCCUCUUGAGCAGCUUGAAGCUUGCUCCAUCCCUGGCUUGUGGCAAUGUUGCCAUACUUAAACCAGCUGAGCAAACUCCAUUAACAGCUCUGUAUCUGGGAUCUCUCUUUCAAGAGGCUGGCUUUCCUCCUGGUGUACUAAACAUCAUCGCUGGUUACGGCCCUACAGCAGGGGCCGCCAUAUCUGAACACAUGGAAAUCAAUAAAGUAUCAUUCACUGGAUCAACUGAGGUGCAUGAUCUUGUAGUCCAAUCUUUAUAA